AUGAGUUCAAAGAGCUCGUUGGCUCUGGCAAGGUCCGGGCCCACUUGUCCCUGCUCGGGCUCCACAUCAAGGACCUCCCCCUCCGACGCCGAGCUGUUUUUGAACAUGCUCGCGGCCAGCAGCGAGGGCCAGGAGGUGGACAUCGAGUCCAUCGUCCAGGGCUGCAUGCGGAUGAAGGGCUCCGCCUCGAGCCUGGACGUGCAGAACUUGAUAUUCAUCACGAAGAUCAUCCACAAGCGGCAGAAGAGAUUCGAGAAAGAGGUCAGAAGGAGACUUCGGACGCUGUCGCAGCUUCAGGACCGGACCGCCGCCGUCAUCGACGGGCUGGGCCUGGAGGUGGACGCGGACGACGCCGCCGACGGCGAGGCGUCGGACCACCCGAUUGGCCACUGGCAGGGCUCCGAGACCCCGCGAUCUCCGAGAUCCCGCGCGACCUCCAAGAUCUCCGCCGGCGCUGCAGAGCCUCAGAGAUAG